AUGCCGCUUCUUUCCCUAAUUCUGCACAGAGCAGAUCUGCUGGUUGCCGUGCUAUGCGGGGUGCCGGUGGCGGUGCUGUCGCCGAUGCGGGGGAUCGACGUAGGAAUGGUGUUCAUCGCCCAAUACUACAUGGAACUUCGCGCUCCCGGCGGUGCACUUGACACCCGCUUCUACAAGCGUGGCUUUGACGGCUUGGUUGAAAACACUAUGACCGAGGAGGACAACGCGGAGUGUCCCGUGGUGCCAAGCGUCCUCUGGUACCUCACGGAUCAAUUCCGCCUCAUCAACUCCAACAAACCGGUAGACGCGAGCGACUUCAAGGAGCGCAAGGUUCUGCGUCGGGGGGACGACCUGAUGUGCAUCCUCAGGUUCGAGGGCGAAUUUCAAGAAAUCAUGGAGCUGCAGGAGUUCCCCCUCGACGUGCAGGAGCUAACUCUCCAGGUCGAGAUACAAUGCGCCAUUGGCGCAAGUCCGUUUCCGGUGAAGCUGGAGCUCUCACCCGAUAUGGUUAGUUCGAUCGACCGCGAGGCCUUCAACCUCAAGAAUGAGUACGACCUCGCGCCCUUCCCGCCGAAAGCCACGGCCUUCGCACACUCAGGGAUCAAGCGCAUCGCAGGCAGUGAAGCAAACAGGUACCCGGCGAUCGCGAUCACGUGCACCGUAAGGCGGCAAUGCGGCUAUUUCUUGUACAACGUCGUCGCUCCGAUGGGGAUGAUCUCCUUCCUCUCGAUCGCCACCGCCUUCACCAUGGCCGAACCGAGCGACCGCAUCGCGACACAGCUCGCGUUGCUCCUAACGGCGGCUGCCUACAAGUUGGCGAUUACCGCGAUGGUUCCCGCGGUGAGCUACUUGACGCUUCUUGACCGUUACAUUGGCGAGCAGUGCCUGUAUUUGAUGGUUGUGACCAUUGUGACUUCUCUCUUUGGGAUGCGAUCGGGCCCAAUUCCUAUUGUCCACGACGUCGAACUACUCGGCCACGAGGCAGACCUGUACUCGCUCUACCUCCUGCUCGGCAUGUGGUUUGUGCUACAGCUCAAGACCUACUGCGUCUGGCGGACUAAAAUGCGAGAGAAGAAGCAGGCGCUGCGCUGCUGA